AUGGGCUUCGGUUCCUUCGACUCCAUCUGCGAGCAGUCCGCCCUUCCUUUGUGUUAUCUACUAGGCUCUCCUACCGAAUUCACAUCGAUACACAACCCUGUCUUAUUGCCAGCAUGCAGUGCACGAUCCGUCGAGUUGGCAAACACCAUCAUCUUCCAGGCCGCAACAGAUUUCGCCCAUAUCGCCGCCUUGGGGAUGACUGCCAUUAUGAUCUUCCACGUCCGCUCGAAAUUCACCGCCGUCGGCCGAAAGGAAAUCUUAACAUUCUUCUACGUCUACAGUCUGUUAACCAUCGUUAGCCUGGUGCUGGAUGCUGGGGUGAUACAGGCAACCAAUCAAAGCGCCUACCCAUGGUUCGUCGCCGUACAAAAUGGCUUUGCAAAUGCACUGUGCACGAGUCUUCUGAUCAAUGGAUUCGUUGGGUUUCAAUUGUAUGAAGAUGGAACUACACUUUCGGUCUGGCUUCUGCGACUUGGUAGCCUGGCCAUGUUCGUCAUCAGUUUCGCGGUCAGUCUCCUUACAUUCAAAGGAUGGGCAGGUCUGUCACCAACCAACACGACGGGACUUUUCAUCGUAUUGUACGUCAUCAACGCUAUCUGUCUGGCGGUUUACUUAGUCAUGCAAGUCAUUUUGGUGGUCAACACUCUACAAGACCGAUGGCCGUUGGGAGAUCUUGCAUUCGGAGCAUUUUUCUUCAUCAUUGGCCAAGUCAUUCUGUACCUCUUCGGGAGGAAAAUCUGCGAAGGGGUGAACCAUUAUCUUGACGGAUUAUUCCUUGCCACCGUCUGCAAUUUAUUGGGUGUCAUGAUGGUGUACAAGUAUUGGGACAGCAUAACUAAAGAAGAUCUCGAAUUCAGCGUUGGCACCAAACAGGGACACUGGGAUGUCCAAGAAGCCUUGCUCGAGCCGAGCGAAGAUUACCGAACCAGCAUGUACGGAGGUGGAAGAGAAAGCAUGUAUGACGCCAGCAGCAUGGACUACCAGCCUCAAGCUCCGGCACACUUCCGCCCCCCGAGUCGGGAUCGCCUCUCUGGUUAUGGCAACCUUAUCGAAGGCCGGCAGAGCUACGGAGAUAUUCGACGACAAUUGGGGAAUUAUGAGGACUAUGACUCUCAGUACUCUGGCCCGAGGAACCGUGAAGGGGAUUAUACUUAUUAA